AUGCUGUGGGCUCCCCAUGUGAACUUGGCCUGGAGGCCACUUGGGCAUCUGUUGAUCAUUACAGCACUCCAGCUCUUGACAUCAGGUCACUACUCCUUGGGUUUAUUUUCAACCCUGACACCACCACUCUAUCUGCAAGUAAAUGGUGAGAGAAGGACCCUGAUUGUAUGUUUGGUGAAUGAUUUCUCAGAGGACUCACUGAGAGUCAUUUGGUUUUCCAAUGGAAAUGGGAGCAUGUUGGAAUCUUAUACUUAUGGCAUUUCCAAGGAAGAAGAUGGCUCUUUCAGCAAAAUCUCUCAAAUUUCCAUCCCCAGCAAAGAAUUUGAAUCAUGGAAUACUGUCAUUUGCUCUGUUGCACAAAACCAAACCUCAAGCAUAUGGAACACUACCUCUCUACAAAUCUCUGAAGAACAUAUGGAUGAUCCAUGCCUGGAUGAAAGUCAAGGAGCAGUGGAGGACCAGAUACUAUCCACUGAAAUUCUGCAUAACCGCACACAAGAACUACAUCUUCUGGCCAUCAGAACUUUGCUGUUCAAGCUCCUCAUGUUUAAUGUAUUGAUGACCUGCUGCAUCCUUUACAAGAAGUAA